GCAGACAAUAAAAGGACAUGUUUCAUAGGCCAGUGAGCGCUACGACAAGACAAGAGGCUGAAAUGGUUAAUUGGGCUCAAAGAGCCGUUCACGGGGCAACGGAUUCUAUUGAGAAACUGCGACUACUCUGUCUAGCACGUGGAGCUAAUGGUAUUCUUGGGCUAGCCAGAGUUUUUCGCCGAAUGGAUGAGGAUGGGAAUAAACAAUUAAGCAAAGAAGAGCUCACAGAUGGCCUUACUGAAGUGGGUUUCGAACUUGAUGAGGGUGAGAUUGAUGAAUUAAUGUCUAAACUCGAUGGUGAUGGAAAUGGAAGUAUAGACCUUACCGAAUUCAUUGCGGCUGUCCGUCCACCAAUGUCUGAGAAUCGGCGAAAAGUAGUGCAUCAAGCUUUCCAGAAGUUGGAUAAAACUGGGGACGGUGGGAUCACCUAUGAGGAUCUUCGUGGCGUCUACAAUGUGAAAUGUCAUCCUCGUUACAUCAGCGGAGAGGAAAGUGAAGAGAGUAUUAUGAAUAAAUUUCUUGGGAAUUUCGAACAAGAAGCAACAAAAGAUGGUAUUGUGAGUGAAAAAAAAUAUUAUUUCUGUACCUCAUCGAUGAAAGUUUUUCAACGGUUACUGAAGAGGAAUUCAUGAAUUAUUACAGUGCAAUUAGCGCCAGUAUUGAUCAUGACGCUUAUUUUGAUCUUAUGAUUCGUAAUGCCUACAAGUUGUAAUUCGGUGUACGCCUCUACGUUUAUUUUCCAUGAUCUCUACGAACAUACGUUCUCUUUCUUGAUAAACCGAAGCAUUAGCUAUAGCAUAACCUACAAUAAAUGAAGAUAAACACAUAAAAUAUUUAAAGUGAAAAAAAUGCGCCCAUUUGAUUUCGUACGAGUGUCCAUUUUCAUCACAUUCUUACUUUAAUAUGCUUAUGCCCAACAGUGAAGAGUAAUAUAUAAUUGAAACAGCUGAAGAAAUUCCAUAAUGAUGCAUUUCUUUAUUCGCAGCAGAAAAUGUCUUCUAUCGUCUUCUAAGAAAAUCACAUAAAAAUUAAUUUUUCCCUGCGUAAAUGGUAUGGGUUAAUCUAGCUCUGAAGGAAACAAAAGUAGGCGCAACCAGCUGACGAUAAGUUUGACAAUGUGUUAUUAAGGUUGUUGUGCCACGAUAGUCUUAAUUCAUUGCAUUGUGCAUGACUAGUUAAAGCAUAACCAUAUAUUUUCCAUAUUAACUAUUUUCAUUUAUAUAAAUUUAUGGAUUUUCAAUAAUUAUAUCGCGUAAACGAAAUGGUCGAUCGAUUUGAUUUUUUUUCUGUAUUCCCUCCCACGAUAUAUAUUCCAUGUUUUUUUUUUAUUUCGAGAACUGUGGAACAAAAAUUUUACGCUACAAUAACCUUACAGGUCUUGUUACUUUUAGUUCCUACUCGACUGAUAUAGUCGCUCUGUUAUUUCGUUAGAUUAAGAUUAGUUUAGAUUCUAAGGUUUAGUUAAAUAUCAGACAUAUCGCUCUGACACUAAUAAAUGGUUGAGGAAUCCACUACUGAUUGUGUUCUUGUGUAUUCACGACUAAUUAAUGUAUUAAGCUGUUUAUUUACAAAUAAUUAAAUUCAGUGCCUAGUGUUCGUAUUCGGCUUCAGCUAAUUUUGAGGACUGAAUAGUUCAACGUUUAAAUUUAAUUCUAAGGAAAAAGGACCGCACUGUUGCAGAUUUUUUUAUUGAUAAUAGUUUAAACAAUACUUUUUAUUGAUGCAAAUAUUGUAUGAAACUAACUUUUUAUUACCGGUUAGCUGAAUGGCCGAUGGUAAUUCCAGGACGGAGAACGAACAAGUGCCUUAAGAAAGCAUUCCCCCACUGUACUACACUGAGAAAAAAAGUCGAUCAAGUAUUUAUGCGAUUAAUCGUCAUUCAAUCUUUUUACUUCUGAAUGGAAGCCUUGUAUUUGACUGAUUUUUUGAUUCUCUGAUUUCAAUUGCAAGUUAUCUCAGAUGUUAUGAAACGGGAAAAACGAUAUUUUACAUCAUGUUUAUGUGUAUAUACUGGACGAUUUGAAAUUUUACAGAUUAAUUUUAAGAAAAGUCGACAUAAAUACUGUAAAAUUUGUCGCUAACAAUCUAAAUUUGUAAUCUAUGAUACCUAGCAUUAACUUUUCCUUUGGUGCGUCAUUUCUGUUCUAUUAGUCCAGUACUUUCAGAGAGAGAGAGAGCAACUUUUGUUUUUUAUGAAUAUGCAACUACUGCAAGGAUUUUAAUUUUUUUUCAAAAUACUUGUCUCAGUGCGCUUCAUCUAUA